AUGAGUGUGACCGUGUACUUCAAAAAAUUGAAGACGAUAUGGGAGGAUCUGGACAGCUUUAAAGCAAUUCCUUCGUGUGAGUGUGGAAGAAAUUGCAGUUGUGGACUGGGAGUCAUAAGGGACUUUAGAACUGAAGAUCAGCAAGAGAGACAAUUUCAAAGCUUCGAUUUUGUCUCAGAACCAAAAUUGAUAGCUCAGACAAUCACUCAACCUGCCACUCUCUUGAACACUGCAGAGGCCUUUCAAGGCAGAGGGAGAGGGAGGGGCAGAGAAGGCAAAAAUCCAGGCUUUGAAAGAGGACAGGGAGGUAGAGGCAAGAUGCAAUGCUCACAUUAUGGCAAGAUAGGACAUUUUGUUGAUACAUGCUACAAAAAGCAUGGAUUGCCACCACAUCUUAAGCAAAGAUAUAAUACAGCAUUCACCAACAUAAGUGCAACUGAAUUUGACUCUGAGGGAAGCAAUGAGAAUCUCAGAAACCCUUACAGUGGACAGGAUGGUGAUGUAACAAGUCUUGAUUUUACACCUGAACAAAAAUCAGCCUUAUUAGCACUUCUCAGCAAGGAAGAGCAGAAACCAAGUCAUAGUGCUGAUCCUCACAAAGAGCCUUUGCCAACACCUCAUCUAGGUAAGUUGGUACACAUUAUGCAUUUCACAUCAAAUAUUCUCGCAUUAAAUGUUUCAAAUAAGAAAUUUGCAUCAUGGGUAACGGACACGGGGGCAACUGACCAUGUCUCUUACUCACUCAAUGACUUUCAUACAUAUCAUGAGAUAGCUCCAAUCCUUGUAAAAUUGCCUAAUGGUGCAUUAGCCAUUAGCAAAAUUGCUGAAACUAUCAUAUUCACAAAUGAACUUUACCUUGUUGAUGCAUUAUACAUUCCCUCUUUUAAUUUCAAGCUGAUUUCUGUUUCUAAGGCCACAUCACAUUUACAUUGUCAUAUGAAUUUCGAUGACCAAAAAUGUAAGAUACAGGAUACCAACUCGGAGAAAGUGAUUGGAGUAGCUAGAGCUUGUGGGGGACUUUACAAACUGAACAAAAAAGCAGUGAGGCCUAACUUUGCACAAACAACAAGCAUUCUUACCUUGCCAAAGUCAGAAAUAAAAGGAAUAAACAUUUGA